UUCUUCUUAUCAGUCUGAGCUAUUGCUCAGUUUAAUUCGUUGGAAUAAAAUGUCUUGCCUAUGGUAAGCAUAAGACUAUUUUCUAGCUCAUGGCUAGUCGAGGCUGCAUGUUCGCUUUUCCAAGCUGGACACUGAAAUAUUUCAGCAUGGAGCCGCUCACAGAUCCGAAGUCUGGUGAAAACGCUGAGAACACAGAGGAAGCACGGGUAAAUAAAGGGUUGACAACUGAGUCAGAUGAUGAGCAGGGAAUUACCAAAGGUUUUUGUCCUGUGAGCUACGAAUGCCAACAAGACAUGGCAAAUGAAUCUACAAAACGACGAUUCUCUUCGCUACUUACGGUAAUUUGUCGAACGGCUAAAAGGUCGGCCAACAGGGUAGCGAGAAUUAGGAAAAGCAAACCGGUGGUUGAAGAGCCAAGGAAAAUAUCUGCCAGAAAUGAAAGUUCUACGAUACAACCAGAUAAUGGAUAUGAAAAUACAGCUUUAGAUCAAGUUGAGCAAAGAUUUAAUGAAACCUAUGAACUUCUACAUCUGGUUGGGAGAGGUGGCUUUGCAAUGGUCUAUUCUGGAGUUCGAGUUAGAGACUCUAAACCGGUCGCAAUCAAAGUGAUACCGAAAAAUAACGUCUAUUCAUUUGAAGAAAUUGACGGUGUGUCUGUACCAAUGGAGGUGUAUCUUCAGCGAUAUCUGGACCAUCCCAACAUCAUCAAACUCUAUGACUACUUUGAAUAUCACCAAGCGUAUGUUUUAAUCCUCGAGAGACCAACACAUUAUAGGGAUCUAUUUGACUUUAUAACAGAGCAUAAGAGAUUGGCUGAGCCAAACGCAAAGGAUAUAUUCAAACAGGUAGUGUCUGCUGCAAUCUAUUGCGAAUCUAAAGGAAUCUUCCACCGAGACAUCAAAGACGAGAACAUUCUCCUUGACACCAAGACAGGCCAAGUCAAGCUGUUUGACUUUGGGUCGGGAACCAUUCUCGAGAACACGUUGUACACAGAUUAUGAAGGAACACGUGCGUAUUGUCCUCCGGAGUGGUUUCGUUUUCACCGUUAUUAUGCCAGAUCCGCCACUGUUUGGUCGCUAGGAGUAUUGCUAUAUAACAUAUUAAUGGGGGAUGUUCCUUUUACUAAUGAGAUAGAGAUAGUAAGGGCUGAACUAAACUUCACUGAUGAUGUCAGUAAAGAUGCACAAGAUCUCACUCGUCGUCUCCUAGCCAAACAUCCCUCUAAUCGACCAACACUAGAAGAUGUCCUACAGCAUCCUUGGUUACAGGAAGCAAAGCAACGACCACGGUCGUCACAAGAAGGACGACCAUCUCAAUAUGAUUCCAAGUUCUAUAACAAUGGAAAACGAGCAAAUGAUCUGUCCAAGGGACACGACAGUCAAUAAUGAGCUGUUAUAACAAGGCUGCAAAUGUUUUUUUUCUAUAACGCUGUCAUAUGUUAGAUCAGGGACAAGGGUUGAUCUGACACGCAGCCAGUUUAUUCGGCCAAAAGCUUCUAUCAAAUACUGCAACCGAAGAAAACGAAGAAAAAAACCUUAAUGCUAUAUACGCCUGUGGUAAUUCUGUCAGGUGAGACUGCUGAAACAACAUGGCGGCCCUACGUAUUGGACUGUUAGUGUUCUUUCCACCGAUUGGAUUCACCUUUCACUCAUAAUUUCUGACCCUGGCCACAUAAACAGGAACGUUCUGCCUCGAGUUUUGCAAAUCUGAGUGAACAUAUUUUUUUCAUAUUUCUUAUCCUUAACAAAAGAGUCCGGUCAGUGUGUCAUGCUAGACUGAACGUUCACCAGUCAAAACCACUAAUUUACCGCAAAAAAUGUCCGAUGUCCGGCGCUAAAUUUGCAGGCUUGAAUUCUAUUCAAAACUACGGGAAAACUAAGAAUUUUGAAAUAUGUUUAUUCUUCGUUUCUGAAAACCAUAUUUUCCUAAUUAUUUUGAACUAUUGCUUCGUCUAAGUUCAAAAUGUUUUAUAUUCUAUUCUAAAUUUAUAUUUAAGUUUCUUGCGACUCUGAUUACCUUGGGUCUUUAUAAAGAAAUUUCCUCUUCAGAGUUGCUCAAACAUUAGAUCAAUAAAUUUAUUCUUGUUC